AUGUCUGCAACUCAAAUUAAAGGUAGUGAAGCCGUUAUUAAUUGGACAAACAUAUUAAGGUUGGAAACUCGUGAUUAUAUCAUGAGUGGAAAACUAAGAGGAGAAGGCAAAGUUGUACAAAUCGACGAAUCUCUGUUUAGAGGUCGUCGAAAGUACAACCUUGGCAGAUUGCUUCUUGAUGACUUUAUGGAGAGCCUUGAUGAUGCUCGCCGUAAAAAUAAUUAUAGUGAACGUAUCAAUGGACCAUAG